GAAAGUGCAAUGGCGAUAUUUGACAGUAACAGUCGACGCUUUGUGAAAUCACACCUCUAUUAUGUGGCUAAUGCUGAAGAAAAUACAUCACAUCUGCUGCAAAACCAGAGUUAAUACCUGCACCUUGCGCGAACGUCACUUCGGGUGGGAAAGUGGUUGUACAGCCUGUGCAUAUGAUGACAGUUUAGACUAAACGCAGACAGGAUGGCCACACAAGAACCGUCCCCUCCCUCUUCCAUGGAGAGCAAUAAACCUGGGUUCCCCAAAAAAAUACUGGGCAACAAACUGGAGGACAAGCAUCUGUGCAACUGCUGCCACAACAUCCUCAGACGACCUGUUCAGGCCCAGUGUGGACACCGCUUCUGUUCCUAUUGCUUCAGCAGGACAGUCAGCAAUGGGCCACAGAAAUGCAAUGCAUGUAUCAAAGAAGAUAUAUUUGAAGAGUCUACAUCAAUUCUGAAACAAGGAUGUGCUUUUCCAGACAAUGCUGUUCGGAGAGAAGUUGAAAGCCUAUCCGCAGUUUGUGUCAAUGACAACUGUACUUGGAAAGGCAGUAUCAAAGAAUAUGAACUGACCCAUGAAGGAAAGUGUGAGUACAUGGUCAUCCCCUGCCCCUCAUGUAAAGAACGAAUACGCUUCAAUGAACAAGAGCGGCAUAAUGAACGUGAAUGCCCAGAGAGGACACUCAACUGCAAGUACUGCAAGGAACCAUUUCACUUUAAAAAUAUCAAGGCCCAUGAUGAGAUCUGUCCCAAGUAUCCAAUGAUCUGUGAAGGCUGUGCCAAAAAGAAAAUACCUAGAGAAAAGUAUGUGGACCAUAUUAAGUUUUGCAGCAAAUUCCGAACUCCCUGUCGAUUUCAUGUGGUGGGAUGUGAUAUGUCUGUAGAGAAAGAAAAGAUCCAUGACCAUGAGCGUGCCUAUGCCUAUGAGCAUCUCAAUCUCCUUCUUCACUACAUCAUGGGUAUGAAAGUCAGCAUGGAGGGCUUACAGCCUCAGGGUCUGGAGGUAGCUGGGCACAAAUUGGUGGAGCUCCAGCAGUCCCUGAAGGAGCUUGAGGCCAGAGUGUCCCAACUUAGUAUCACCACUGUUCCUCCCGUGCAGGGAGCGACUGCCUCCUCCUCAUUGUCCACCUCUGGCCCCUCUGGACCAGCUGCCUCUGCCCCUCUACCCCCUCCCCCAACUCUGGCUCCUACACUAUCUGUGUCCACAUCCUUUACCCCCUUGCCCAGCUCAGUCGGGGCAGCCCUGGAGCUCCAGCUCCACAAUGAGAAGACCAAAGUGGCCGAACUGGGACGGAGAUGCACUGAACUGGAAGUCAAGUCUGGUACUUUUGAAAAUGUGGUCUGCGUUCUGAACCGAGAGGUUGAGAGAUUUGCAACUACACUGGAAGCUAGCAAUCGACAACAUAAAUUAGACCAAGAUAAAAUUGAAGCUCUCAGUAAUAAGGUGCGACAGCUAGAGCGAACUGUGGGACUCAAGGAUCUGACUGUGGCUGAGAUGGAGGGCAGAUUACGAGAGAUGUCUGCCACUACGUUUGAUGGUGUGUUUAUCUGGAGAAUUUCUGAUUUUGCAAAAAAGAGACAAGAUGCAAUUGCUGGACGAGCCCCCGCCAUGUUCUCACCAGCUUUUUACACAAGUAAGUAUGGCUAUAAGAUGUGUCUGCGGAUUUAUCUGAAUGGAGAUGGAACAGGACGUGGCAGCCACUUGUCCCUGUUCUUUGUUGUGAUGAGGGGACUGAGCGAUGCUCUGCUCAAAUGGCCUUUCAAUCAGAAGGUGACACUGAUGCUGCUGGAUCAGAGCAACAGAGAGCACAUUAUAGAUGCUUUUCGGCCUGAUGUCACUUCUUCUUCCUUCCAGAGGCCCGUGAGUGAAAUGAACAUUGCCAGUGGAUGUCCACUCUUCUGUCCUCUCUCCAAACUUGAUGCCAAGAACUCGUAUAUUCGUGACGACACUAUCUUCAUCAAGGCAAUCGUAGACCUAACAGGCCUCUAGGUGAAGCUUCAUUGUGCCGCCUGCACUUGAGCAGCUCUCUAACCAGUAAUGCUUUAUUUUGGUUCAAUCAUAAACCAGUAUUAAGGUUACAAACAUACUUGCUAGUGUGUGUUGCAACUUGUUCCAUUCUGAUGGUUUUACAUAGAGACAUUUUAAAAUGACUGUCAUUGCUGUACAUCUCUGGUGUAAAGUAGAGAUGUCUCUUAUCACCAUCAGCUGCACUAGAUUCUAUAAAAUCUGUAUCAGCAUCAGCCAUGACAAAAGGUCAGUUGGUCAGUCUCUAGUGCAAAGUUUGUCUUGUCUUUUGGCAUUGAUGGUGCAUCCAUUAGGUGUAACAUGUCACAUUUUUUGGCACAAAAGCAAGUUCUGUGGCAAUGAGGAGUAUAGCUGUAAAUCAGUGUAAAGGAACGUGUGCAGUUUGAGUAGAUAUUGUUCUGGAUUGUAGUUUAUACUAAUGCCAACUUGUUGUAGAGUGUGGCUUUAAAAAUUAGCUUUAUUUUCAAAUUGUGUAUAUGUCAUGUAUUUUUUAGUUCCCUUGUUGGAAUUUGCAUACACAAACGUGGAGUUAUGUUUUAAGAAGAAUUGGCAUUUUUGCAGAAAAUGCAUGAUGCUUGUACUUUAUGAAUGAAAUAUUUUUUUUUGCGUUGAGUCAUCUUUAUGAAGGUUCCUUUAUGGUUGACUUGUGAAUUAGCCAUCUGUGAUGGUGGACAUUGCCUGCAUAUCUUUCAACCCAGGCUUUUACAUGUAAAGUUAGUGUUGAGUAUUUGUUUCCAUUUAGGGGUUGGUGGUUCUGAUUGGUGGUUUGGUACAUCUGUGGAAGAUAACAGUGGAGUUACCAAGGAGUCAGGGCAGCUUGCCAGCCAAGCCUGAGGCAUUCAAGCUUCAUGUGUUUUUGUCUCUGACAAACAUGCAUAGCUUACGUUUUCCUGGGAUAUGCUCACUAGCUCACAUCUCAAACACAUAUGUGUGCCCCACCAGACUGAGAUUACUACAGAUUCCACAAAGUGAAGGAAUAGUUUCAUCUUUAUUUUCAGUCCAUACUGUAAAAGCUUAAACAUGAAGUGUCUCAGUCACAAGAGAAAACUUGUGUGAAGGUAUAAUAUGUGUCAAUUAAAUUAUACAUGAAGUAUGUUUGUUGAGGUUGAAAUGGUUACAUAGUUUUUAAAUACUUUAGAUUGUAAGUUAUUAAUGUUAAGGAAAGGCCAUUGUUGGUGUUUUAAAUCACAGACAUAUGUGAAACUAUAAAGUGUUUUUGCUUAACUACUGCUCUAAGUGUUUUCACACCAAAAUAAUCAAAUGGAUAGAAUUUUGCUUUUUAUAUCUUGUUACAAUAUAUAUAUAUUUUUUAAAUUCCUGCCAUUUCUCUAUUUGCCCACCAGAGAUCGCUGUUGUUCUGCAGCCUGCAUGCUGAUGUACAGUUCUUACUGGCCUGUUUGAAAACCAGUCUCGACCUGUAUUGAACUCUCUCUGUGCAUGGGAGGCUUCAAUUCACAAUUCACUAGAGUUUCACAUUGGUUUACCUUGUGAGCCAGGUGUGAAAGCAUUUACAUCUAUUUCUUUGAAUAAAAAUACAUAAUUAUAGAAUAGUUAUUGUGUUAUAUCUGGCUGGGUAACUGUUAUACAGUUUGCCAGCCUAUAUUUAUAGAAACCUAUAAUAAUGUAUCUCUCAUAUAAUAAUGUCCAAACAAUCUAUAUAUCAAUGUUAAUAUACACAAAAUGUUAUAAUAAGCAUAGUAUUACUAAAUACCUUAUUAAUCUAUAUCUAUAUACCAGUGUUUUGUUUGUCAAGAUGGUUGGAACAGGCCAGCACAACACUUUUACAAAGCAAGUUUGUGUAAAUGCGGAAUGAGUGCAAUAUGUUAUUAGUAUUAUAACAGUUUUGAUGACCAGUUUGUUUUUUUUCUCAACAUUAUUGUGCAUAAACAGAAAAUGUGCUGCAUUUGUGCAUUAAUAUAACUACCAUCAGAAACAAAAUAUUUCCAAGCUAAGAACUUUUGCAAUUUGGAAAUGUGAUGAUUUUUUUGUUUUGUUUUGUUUAUUGUAAUACAGGGUUUAUGUUAACGAACAGCAAGUUGCUGUUUUUUCAAAAAAAUAGAACUUCUGUGUAACAAUUGAGCUUAGUAUUCUGUGUGAUUGAACUUUGUAAUGUUAUGUGCCAAAUAUCUUUAUAUAAUAUUUUAGACCGUGUGCAUGUCCUUCUGUGUUGCACUGAGUUGCUGCUACUGUAAGCUCUGAGGGGGAAAUUGGGGGGCUUUUAAAUGGAGACCAAGGUUUUUGAAUGUAUAUUAUUAACAUUUUUACUAAAGCUCUGUUGUGUUGUGUCGAUAACUUGAAUAACAGUUUAUUUGUGCACUUUCAGUUGUGUGUACAAACAGGGUAUUUUGAGUAAUCAUUUUGGAUGACCAUGUACCUUGAAAUUAGAGCCAUAUAUUCUUAUGUUGAUAUUUGAUGUAUUAUAAAGUAC